AUGAAAUACCGCCUAACCGCCAUGAAGUUUCCGUCAAAGUGCUUACUACUGUUUGGCAUAGAGAUAACAGGAGUACUUCUGAAGGAUGGUAAUCCAUUACCAAUAAGAAGUGAACUGGAACUGGAAGACCAUCCAACAGCUGGACAGUUUGAAGAUGUUUGCAUCAAGAGACCGCCGUCGGUGAUGGGUAUGCAAGUAAGUUGUUCUACCAUACCGGGAUCCAUAGCAAUCAAUGACAGCUAG